CUUCAAGUUAUAGAAGUCGACAUUUGCCCGAAAGACCAAUCAUCAUGGGAGAAGGCAUCACAUGACUUCAACUGUACUACUCCAAACAGAUACCAGUGUACUCCGAAUGAAAAUCUAACAGCGCUACUUGAAUACUGUUAUGAUCAACCACCCACUUUGGUCGAGGAAGGUUAUUGUUGGAUCUUAUUAAAUUCCCAUUUCACUGACACAUACAGCUGUGCUGGAUUCACAGAUGGAUGUCCAAAUAAAACCUACAGAAGCAACGAACUUUAUAAAUAUCAGGAAUGUCUUCUUCUUAACAAAUCGGAAGGAUGUUACUUGGCUGAUGCAAAAUGCACAAGCCGGGGGAAAGUGAAAACAACACCAUCUACAAUAAAACCAUUACCAGAUGAUAGUUCUUCUUUAGAAAUGUUAAUUGGAGUAAUAAUUUCUUGUGUUCUUAUCAUUAUCAUCGUCCUUAUUGCAUCAAUAUUUAUAGCAAGGAAAUUUAGAGUUUGUAAAAGUCACGAGAGCGGUCAUGGUGAAGAACACUGUUUGCUUUCGGAACAUAAGGUAGAAGCAGUUGGGGAAAAUGUUGUGUUGCGAUGUCUACUUCCUGUGAAUCACAGGAUCAUUCAAACACGGAAUAUUAUAUGGUCAAAAGAUGGAAAGAAAAUCAACUUUAAAAACGCAACGGAAAAAUACAGUUUUGCCGAGGAUAAGCAAGCCCUUGUCGUUAAAAAUGCAGGUCGUCUUGAUUCUGGGGAAUACGUUUGUUGUAUUAAAUACGCAUGCAAAUGUAAUGGGAUGGAUGAGAAGAAUACAUUUAUUCUAGAACCCCCAAGCAUAACUCUGGGAGAAAUUAAAACAGAUGGAGAAGAGGUCGUACUUGAGUACGCAGUGUUUGUAUCUAAAGAUUGCAAACCAUUGACCUCCAUGUCCUGGAAAAGAAAUGGUUGUGAUUUGAUAUUGUCCGGCGAGUCAGAAAAUUAUUCUGGGGGAACAUUGGAUGAUUCCUGCCUAAGAAUUUGCUGUAUCAAAGAGGAUAUUUUUGGCACAUACGAAUGCACUGUUCAAAAUAAAUUUGGUGAAAUGACAAUUCACAAAACAUUAGAACGCCCAAGCAUAACUCGGGGGGAAAUUAAAACAGAUGGAGAAGAGGUUGUACUUGAGUACGCAGUGUUUGUAUCUGAAGAUUGUAAACCAACGACCUCCAUGUCCUGGAAAAGAAAUGGUUGUGAUUUGAUAUUGUCCGACGAGUCAGAAAAUUAUUCUGGAGGAACAUUGGAUGAUUCCUGCCUAAGAAUUUUCUGUAUCAAAGAGGAUAUUUUGGGCACAUACGAAUGCACUGUUCGAAAUAACUUUGGUGAAAUAACAAUUCACUACACAUUAGAUGGCAUACAGUGCAGUUCGAGAGAAUGUCAGAGUUUCUUACUGUGCUGUUUGCUACUAGAUAAAUGUCGACCCAGUAACAAUGAGCCAGAUGACUGGGAAGAAAAGCUAAAACUGUCCUGGAAUUUUUGCUUUGGGGAUGACGAAAAGAAUAUCACAGAGCGUGUCCUUCCUGCUAUAUCAAAUGGAAAAUUUGAAGAUUAUGUUAGUUGUAAAAACAAUGAGUAUAAAUUGUUAUCUCCUGAUAUAAUAUUUCAGUCUUUUCUGCAAAGGAGUGGUUUUGUGGACUUCUUUCUUAAGCAUGCUUGUUCACAAAGCAUUGGUAUAUAUUGUCGAUCACCUGGAUACAAAAAGGAUCGAUGUGAAACUUCCUGCACUGUCACUCCUGAGCAAUUCAAGGUUGUUGUGCAGCGACUCAGGUUCGACAUCCUGACUGAUUAUUCAAUCAAGGACAAAAGGUUUCACCCAAUCAUCGAAGAAGUUCUGAAUAUUCCAAAAGGUAUUCUUAGUUUAGGGAGCGAGAGUAUAUCCAAAUAUCUGAAAGAUCUCACCCAUGGCGAACAUGUAGUCUAUGUUGCUAGGGGAAUGCUAGUUGGAUGUGAAGGGGCAGGAAAAACAAGUCUUCUGCGCAGACUUAGGGGAGAAGAUACCCCGGAUCCUUCAUCAACAAGAGGAAUAGAUGUCCAUGUUAAUUUAUUCACCGUGGACGGGAAAAAACUUGAGGUAACAACCAAUCCAAAUAAAGCAAGUCUCCGUUCAUCUUUAAAUCAGGAAGAUCGACCUGAUGAUCACAACCAAAACAUGAACGAUUCUUCAAACCAGCAGUCUGGAAGAUCUAGUUUUAGAAAGGAAAAUAUCAAGAGCGAUAAAAUGUCCACAAAAAUACUUCCAGCUUUAUCAGAAAUAAAUGACCAACAAGUUGCACAGAAACCGAAUCAAAGAGAAAACAGGAUGAAUGAGGAAACUAUUCAAAACGUCAUCACGAAUGAAGCAGAAGAUGACGAGAAAUUGACCGAUGAUAUAUCUUCAGUAGAUUCAAGUGUUCUUACAUCUGAUGACAAAGAUAUCCAUACUACGUUUUCCAUCACGCAAACAUUGUCAGAGUCUUUUGUAGAUGAGAAUGAAAAAAUCAUAACAAUCUUUGACUUUGCUGGACAAUUUGCUUACUACGCCUGUCAUCACCUUUAUUUUUCUCCCAAUGAUUUCUACAUUUUAGUAAUGGACAUCACAAAGAAAUUGAAUGAUCGCGUAAUAACAGACAAAGCAGCUGAAAUGCUCAAUCAGGGGGAUUUACAUGAACAAAUGUGUGAUGGACAGUCUAAGAUAGAAAGAUCUUUAUAUGACAAUUGGACUUACUUAGAGUAUACAAAAUAUUGGCUUCAAUCCAUUUUAUCAUAUUCUGUUGGGAUAACGCCCACAGCAAUGGAUGAUGUCAAAAAACCUUUUAAACUGGCACCUCUGAUUCUUAUAGCCACUCAUGCAGAAGAAAAAACUAAAAAGGAUGUAGAAGACUAUUUUCGUGAUCUCCGGGACAAAAUUCCGACAAUUAGUUUCCACAUUGAUUAUAACAAUGCAUUUUGCACUGGUUAUUGGGGCCAAAAUGCAAACCUGGAAGAAAUUAAGAACGGCAUAAUAAACGUUGUUAAGACACUUCCAAACUGGGGGAAAAGGAUUCCUUUGUCAUGGUUUUACAUAGAAAAUUUAGUAAGAAAGCUUUCGAGUUUGAAAAUAAUUAACACAGAUGAGCUAUUACGAAGGUGUAGUGCAAGUGGUGUUGGAGUUGAAAGGAAAGAGGAUCUUAUAACACCAUUGCUCUUUUUGCAUAACACAGGGGUCAUUCUAUUCUUUGACGAAGAUAAUCUCAGAGAUUUUGUUGUUCUAGAUGUUCAGUGGUUUGUUGACGCAUUCAAAAAUGUUAUCACGGAUGAAAACCACGCAAAACAGGAUAUACCACAAGAUUUGUACGAGAAAUGGAAGAUGUUUAAUGAUAAUGGACUUUUGUCCAGUUCCCUGCUGUCCUCAGUCUGGAAAAAAUGUGAACAAAAUGAUCUGUAUAAUACAAAGAAGAAAGAAAUAAUCACUAUGAUGACUAGACUAAAUGUUUUGACAGAGGUAACGCCAUCUGUUUUGACAAAGGUUACGCCAUCUGCAGGUACAACAAUGCCAGAUUUGUGGUACUGUCCUUGUAUGAACAAACAAAUAUUCCCGACAACAGAGUUUGAAAACUUAAGGAAUUCUUCUCUUCUGUGUUUCAAGUUCACUUUUCUCCCGAAAGAUCUCUUCCAUCGCUUAAUUGCUGCUUGCAGCAACAAGUUAAGUUGGAGAAUUUUUAAAAUGAAAUCUCUGUGUAUUUACCAAACUGCUACGGUUUUCUCAGUUUCAAACGGUAAAGUUUUGAUAGGCAUGCACAGUAACGAUAAAAUACUUGUCCAAUACCUUGAUCUUCCCGAGUCAUCAUUCGCUGAUUAUUUAGACAUUUUUGAAGACAUAACCAAAGUGAUUGAUAGACUUACAGAGAAGUUGAUGCAUUGUAAAUACGAGGUAGGAUAUAUGUGCAAAAAAACAGUUUUUGGAAAGACAAAUAUCUCUCUCUGCCAUUUUAUAGCAGAGUCUGAUAUGAAAGGAGAAAGUAUUCACUGUCCCGAAUGCGGAUUUCAUAGAAAAGUGGUUGUAAAUGAUAUCAAGUGGAAUAUCCUACGAAAGAAAAAGAAGAUGCCAAGUAUAAUCUCUUCUAACUAUAAAGCCGAAAGCAUACGAGCUGGGUUUGUUGUAAAAUAAACCUUACAGUCAACUGAAGAGAGUCUUUUAGAAGAGGAUUCCUCAAAAGGCACAUGGGUCCUUUUGGUCAUAGCAAUUGCUUUUGAAAAAGCACCACACACAGAGGACAAAGGACUGUUCAAUGAGACUAGAUUUUCAUUAUUUCUUCAAUUCACUCUCCAUCAUACAUGUAAAACGGAUCGAACGAUUUUGACAAAAUGAGAACAUCAAGCGUAAUUAAAAAAAUAUUUUUACAGACAAUAUAUUUUAAUGCAGUAAGUAGAUCAAUACCUUGCGUUGAUAAAAAAAAAAAAGGAAUACCCGAAAGAGGAGCGAAAUAAAAUACGUCUUUAAAAUGAAUAUUUACAGGAAACCAUGCAAAGUUUGUGAAACAUAUAAGUAGUCCUGGAUACUUUAUUCGGCACUUUUAAAGACAUACUUUAUACAUCACGCAUUUACAUUGAAUUAUUCAGGGCUCUGAUUUAGAAAGUUUAAGGAAAUUAUGUAGAUUCUAACAGUAUGGAAAGUGUGACUUUCCACCUCUAAUAAAUUUGUUACAUUGCCGAAAAUGACAUUUUAAAUUGAGCCUAUCGAAUAUGAUUUAUAUUUGAUUAGUGUGUUUUGAUUAAACAUCUGCAAGGUCUGACACAGAAAGCUCCCCAAAGAAAGAUGAUGUUAUAAGCGUACAAUUUAUUUUUUUUUUCCUUAUACUUGUAACAAAUCCAAAACACAACUAUCACAUUCAGAAAUUUCAAAGUUUAUAUGAAUUAUGAUUAAUCAAAUACAAGAGCUUUGUCGAAGUAUAAUAUCAACCGGAAAUGCUAAUAAAAUACAACCCAAAGAAUAAAGCUCUUGCUAAAAAUAUUUAACCCCUGAUGCAUGUACAUGUAUCAACCAAAGUAUUUUGCUUGAAUAUAAUGCAGAAAACAACCUACCAAAUGUACAUAUGCAUACAUAAGUAGAAAAGCAAUCACUUUGUAUCUUAUAUAUUUUAUGGAAAAAAUAAAUGCGUAGACUGUU